GCCGGCGCGCUCGUCUGCUCUGGAGGACCGCACGCGGCCUGCGGGUCUGGACACCGAGCACCGCGCGUGCAGGGAGGGGGGCUCGCGCUGCGGCCGCUCCCUCGGUCCCGCGGAGGGGCCGCUCUCCGUCCCUCCGCACCCGGUACGGCAUGGACGGCGCGCGCUCCGGCUCCAGGUUCCAGUCGGACCUGGACUUCUGUCCGGAUUGUGGCUCCGUCCUGCCGCUGCCCGGGGCGCAGGACACGGUCACCUGUGUUCGCUGCGGCUUCCGCGUCCCGGUGCGAGACUUCGAGGGGAAGGUCGUGAACACCUGCGUCGUGUUCAACAAGCCGGGGACGGCCGCGCCUGUGCCGGCGGAGGAAGGGCCCGAGUUCCAGGGACCCGUGGUUGACAGGCGCUGCUCUCGAUGUGGCCACGAAGGAAUGGCCUACCACACCCGACAGAUGCGCUCGGCCGACGAGGGGCAGACGGUCUUCUACACCUGUACCCACUGCAGGUUCCAGGAGAAGGAAGACUCUUGAUUUUUUUUCCAGGCAACGCAACAAUUCUCCCUCGGAUGGUGAGGGAUAUUGGGUUCUUAAGAUCCUUUGUCCAUCCUAGUUGCAAUGUUUUGCUCCCAUAGAAGGAAGUUAUCAUGUGGGGAUUACCAUUGUCCCUAGACUACACCUACUCUAGUUGAGUUUCUUAUCAAAGUUCUAUUUUUCUAUAUAUGCCAGACAUAUGUAUAUUAUUUAUAAUCUGUCUUGUUCCAAAAGGAAUUUAAAUGAAUUUACAGAGAUAUAUUUGUUCUUUCAAUAAGUAUAUCAGCUACAAAAAAUAUAUAUAAAUUAGUAUAUGAGAAGGAAAAAGAAAAAGAAGUAUAAAAAAUGGAGGCAGGAAUGAGACUAAUAGAAAAAGUAAUUUUAAGUAUUCCACCACUAAAUCUAUUUGGUUCCUGAGUUUAGAGAAACAAAAUGUAGGAAUCUGGAUAGUGGGAGAUUGAACAAAUAAUUUAACCAGAUCUCUUUGAUGUGAGCUUAGACAACAAAAAAUCUGAUACUAAGGGAUACCAGUAUGUGCUUACUACAGUUGGACAUUUUGGGAAAAAAAAUUUUUAUUGCUGUUGAGAUAAAUGUAAUAUAUAUUCAUUGUAAUAGAUUCAUAUGUAAAAAGAUGGGGGGGAAAAAGAGUAAAAAAUACAAGGAAUCCCACUUCAGAGAGAUACUUGUUUUUUUUUUAAUGGCUUUUACUAUACAUGCUGAGGUGUAUCUUGCUUUUUAUCAGUUUGCCCAAAAACUUGAAAGGGAAACACUUUGUAGUCCGGGCACAAUAAACAUACUCAGAUGUA